AUGUCGCUCACUGAAUUCAGCCUCCUCAGGUGGCUCAGAGAAGGGAGGCAGUCCAGAAAAUUAAUCCUUCUAAUUGUUUUUAUUGCCUUGCUGCUGGAUAAUAUGUUACUGACUGUAGUGGUUCCUAUAAUUCCCAGCUACCUGUACACAUUAGCACAUGAGUUAAACACAACUGAUAGCCACGAAGGUUCAGGAGAGCCGGCAGUUACCAAUAGCUUGCAGACCAUCUUCUCCUAUUAUGACAACUCUAUGUUGAUCAUUGAAAACGUCACAGAAAGCAUGUGGCAAGAAGGGUCAGAUCUGAUCUCAACGCGACUACCUGGGGUCGUGACUACAGCUUCCCCUCAAUCUGAUUGCCCCAAGGCGGACUCUAAUUUACUGAAUGAAAAUGUCAAAGUUGGUUUAUUGUUUGCUUCUAAGGCAACGGUGCAGCUGCUGACUAACCCAUUCAUAGGGCCAAUGACUAACAGGAUUGGUUACCAAAUCCCAAUGUUUGCUGGUUUCUGCAUUAUGUUUGUUUCUACAGUCAUGUUUGCAUUUUCAGGCACUUAUACUCUACUCUUAAUAGCUCGGUCUCUUCAAGGUAUUGGCUCCUCGUGUUCCUCAGUAGCAGGUAUGGGCAUGCUGGCCAGUGUUUACACGGACGAUGAAGAGCGAGGAAAUGCUAUGGGGAUAGCUCUCGGCGGCCUUGCAAUGGGAGUACUUGUUGGACCACCAUUUGGUAGCAUCCUCUAUGAGUUUGUUGGAAAGACGGCCCCAUUUUUGGUCCUGGCAGUGCUGGUUCUCUUUGAUGGAGCUCUACAGCUAUUUGUUUUGCAGCCAUCUAGGGCACAGCCAGAAAGCCAGACAGGGACAUCAAUAUUUACUCUCCUGAAAGACCCUUACAUCAUUAUUGCAGCAGGUUCUAUUUGUUUUGCUAAUAUGGCCAUAGCUAUGCUGGAACCAGCUUUGCCAAUAUGGAUGAUGGAAACAAUGUGCUCUCGAAAAUGGCAACUAGGUGUUGCAUUUUUACCAGCCAGCAUUUCUUAUCUCUUAGGAACCAAUAUCUUCGGUGUGCUUGCUCAUAAAAUGGGAAGGUGGCUAUGUGCAUUUAUUGGAAUGAUUUUAGUUGGGAUAAGCAUUAUAUGUGUGCCUUUUGCAAGUAAUAUUUAUGGCCUCAUAGCACCAAACUUUGGUGUUGGAUUUGCAAUUGGGAUGGUGGACUCAUCUAUGAUGCCAAUUAUGGGUUAUCUGGUAGAUCUCCGCCAUGUGUCUGUGUAUGGGAGUGUUUACGCCAUUGCUGAUGUGGCCUUUUGUAUGGGAUUCGCACUAGGUCCAUCAGCUGGUGGUGCCAUAGCGAAGUCCAUAGGAUUCCCUUGGCUAAUGACCAUUAUCGGAAUUAUAGAUAUUUUAUUUGCUCCUUUGUGCUUAUUUCUCCGCAGUCCUCCUGCCAAAGAAGAGAAAAUGGCAAUUCUUAUGGACCAUAGCUGCUCAACAAAAACAAAAAUGUACACGCAGAACAGCACCCAGCCCUACUACGCUGCAGAAGAGGAGACAGAGAGUGACGAAUAG